AUGUCUUCCGCUGCGUGUAUAUUCUGCAAAAUCAUCAAGGGUGAUAUCCCUUCUUUUAAGCUCUUCGAGAGCGACAAAGUCUUCGCUUUUCUAGACAUCCAGCCUCUCAGCCGUGGCCAUGCGCUUGUGAUUCCGAAGUUCCACGGUGCGAAGCUCACCGAUAUCCCUGACGAAGACCUCAGGGAGCUGCUGCCCGUGGCCAAGCAGAUUGCCAAAGCAAGCGGUGCAGAAGAUUACAACAUUCUGCAGAACAACGGCCGCAUUGCUCACCAAGUUGUUGACCACAUUCCCAAGCCGAAUGAGAAAGAGGGUCUUGGUAUUGGAUGGCCUACCCAGCCUACCGACAUGGAUAAACUCAAGGCUCUGCAUGAGGAAAUCAAGUCCAAGAUGUAA